GCAAUCGUUCCAGGAAAUAGUUAGGUUAUAGUUUCCAGCAAGGUUUUUUUUUCCGCCUUUGUCUUCUGUGCUGAGCUGUCGCUAGUACUGAAAAUAUUAAAUGUUCAGACUGCAGGUUUCCAUUUAAAUUGAACUCUCCUUUUUUAUUUCUUUUUUUUUUUUUUUCUGUUAAGUAUUGGAUUGUCAAGAAUUCGGAUUGUCAAGAAUUCAUUAUGAUGAGCCUUUUUUUCCCUCUUUUAUUUGUCUCUGUUCUAUGUAUGAACAGCUUCUCAGCAGUGCAGGGAAAGAAAUGGAAAGGUGAAGGUACUACUCAAAACCUGGAAAGUAUUGUCAUUGGAAGAUGCUAUGAGUAUAUUAGACUUGUGAACCCUGCUGUUGGUGAGAAGAAUUGUUCACAGAUAUGGGAAGCAUUUAAAAAUGCAUUUAUUAACAAGGAUCCUUGCAGCAUUCUACCUGAGGAUUAUGAAUUAUUUAUCAACCUCACAUUUCACACAAUUCCACCUAACAAGUCUCUUUUCUGGGAAAAUAAUCAGCUGCUAGUCACCAGCCUUGCUGCCAGAGGACGUCGCUACAUGUCUGUGGGUGAUACUCUCUUUGGCUUCCUUGCAGAUUUUCUGAUCUGGUGUGGGCAGGCAGACAGCCCUGGCCUGGACUAUGAAUCCUGCCCCACCAUGGCGGAAUGUGAGAACAAUGCAGUGGAUUCUUUCUGGAGGAUUGCCUCAGUCACUUAUGCAAAGCACAGCUCUGGGGUGAUCCAGGUCUUGCUGAAUGGUUCUGCAGAGGGAGGAGCUUAUCCACAGCCAGGUUUUUUUGCAGAUUAUGAAAUACCUAAUUUCCAGAAAGACAAAAUCUCACAGAUUGUCAUUUGGGUUGUGGAUGAUAUUGAAGGACCAGAUAGAGAUUCAUGUGGAACUAAUAGUGUAAAGACAUUAGAAACCAGGCUGAAAACUCUUGGAUUUGAUGUCACUUGCACUGACAAUUACAAGUCUGUAAUGUUCUUACUCUGCCUGGAUUAUCCUGAUCAUUCUAAGUGUGCCUUUGCAUCAUCUGCACCAGCAGCACAAAGAGGACCUAUAUCUUCAGACAGAGGAGGCAGCUGGAACAAGCUCAUGUUUGUUUCUUUUGCAGGCUUUCUGUUCAGAUUUGCUUUAGUGUACUGAGUUAAUCAACUGAAUCCAUAUCCUCUGUUUGCCUUAGCUUUGCCUUGGCUAUAAAUUUUGCUUCAGCUGAUUUCUAACUGCAGUUUCAUCCUACUUUUGGGACUGCAAAACUUGCAUAUUAAAACCUUGCAUACUAGAUAGUGGCUUGUUUCCGUAUCAAAAAUUAUCCCACUGCUGCUAGAAAGCCUCACCCUUCAUUUUCUUUUUCUAGAAAAAUUCAUGGCUAUUUCCUCUUAUCUUUAUUCUCCAGAAUUAAACCAAGACUAAUACUUCCUGUUCACAUAUUUCAGAAAGAAAAAUGAUACUAUGCAUACAUCACCCACAGAGAUUACUUGUUUGUAAAACUAUCCUAGCAUCUGACCUUGGAAACUAAAUGACUGAUUAUCAUGUUUUGGGAAGGUGAAACACAAAUUUAAGUAGGAGAGAUCUUAAAUUGAUACUCACUUGGUACAAGAUGCAAUAGGUAAAACAGUGGAAAAGUAAACUCAUUUUCAUAAGUGGUCCAGUACUUGGGCCAAGCUUCAAAACUGGGGUACAGCAAGAUUCUGGGUGCAUAUUGCGUGCAGUAAUUUAACACAUAAUGUCAAUUGCUUCAUCGUCUGCGCAGCUGUUCCUCAGCUGGCUGUUUCCUGGCCCCUGGAUAGCAAAUAGUCAGAAAUACCAGGUCUAGAAAGUUCCCCAGUUUUUCCAGCACAGUGUGAUUUAUGGUAUAUCAAAUUCAGAUGAGAACCUGCCAAGUCAGACAUUGGCCUGCUUGCAGUGACCUCGGAUACAGCGUUCAGAACACACUGAGGAGAGAGCAGAUGCCAUCCUGGAGGUUUCUUGGGUUACUUGUGUGAAUUCCAGUGCUUCAGCUAGAGGCUCCUCUAAACCACCAGGACAUCCAGCUACCAGGAUGACCCAUAAGUCUACAGAAAAAAAUAGUCAUUCUACAGAGAAUAAUUGUAUGUCGCUAUUUUUUGCACCUUUUAGCUUCUGUAUUAUUUAUUUGUGUUUGUAUUGACUGGUUGCCAGGAAACUUGGAGAGGAUGUUCCUGUUAUCUCAGUGAAUCUGAUUUAAGGGUCCAUAGUAGAUUUGCAUCCUUUCAAUCCCUGAUGCAACUGUAUCAUGCUGUAUGUUUGAAAGAGAAAGUAUUUAAAAUAUGUUGUAGUUGCUUAUUUGUCUUGCUUCCCUGCCUGUAAUAAUCUUUAAUUCGGUUUUAAUGCAAAUCUCUUUACAUUGCACACAUAUUUGGGUUUGCCUACAUCACAGGAGGGUUUAGGCUCCAGCCUGGAGGAUUUUUGUAUCUGUUUCAGACACAAAAAAGUACUGAAAGUACAGAAGUACUGAAAUCAAAAGUUACAGACCUUUAAAAAUCUGGGUUGUAUUAUGCCUCAAAAUUGUUCCCUAUCUGUGCUGUUACUUUAGUUCUUUGAUUAGUUCCUUGAGCAUCCUGUUCAUUUUUUAUUGAUUUGUUUCAUGUUUUAUUGUUUACAGCAGCCACCAGAGUAGUAAGAAAGGUAUCUGUAACACCUCAGAUAGCUAAAGGUGUCCGAGUCACACCUCAGAUAGCUAAAGCCAAGCAAUUCUGAUCAAUCUUCUAUUUGCCCACAGCAGAUGGCAUCAGUUGUAUUUGCUCACAGCAGAUCUUAUCAGACACAUUUUGGGCCACAGGCUGUAGAGAUUGCGUGUGUGAGGCUCCCAGGUGUCCCAGCCAUCAUCAGGGCUGGUGUGUGCUACCUGCUGAGUGUGUGUGAGAUCCAGAGAGCAGCUUAAUCCCAUUAACCAGCCAUGUGCCUCUUAGGCAACUUGCAGCCACAAGCCAAGCAUCCCAGCUGGCCAACUUUUGCUUUCCAGCUUAUGAAAGCUUUCCAGCCUCUGCAUGUAAUUGACUCCAGCAGCACAGUCAGUGCUGGCACUUACACAUGGUACCAAACAUUAUGUAGAAAGUGUUCUGUAGAAAUUCUGUUUUGGAAAAAAAAAUUAAAAUAUUAAAUAGGAUCACUUCAGUUUAAACAAUUGAGAUUAUUUAAUGAAUAGCCUUAUCUCAAAAACAACACACUGAGAACCUCUUGCAGUGUUUUCUUAUUUCUAAUGUUCUUUCCUCUUUUCCCAUUACUUCAACUCAGUAGCAAUGAUAGCAAUUUUUUUUCUAAUACCUGUUCAAUAAAGUGUCUCAAACUUGCUUAAAAAACUUGGGAAUAUCUGUGAAGAUUUUUAGCUAACCAAAUAAUAUAGCUAGUAAAAAAAAAAGCAACAAGGCAAAGUUCUAGAUGCAGAGGUUUCCUGAGACUUUUAGAGGCAGCAGAUUUCAAGGUGAGUGUGAAUCAUUUGUUCUGAGUUUAACAUAAUGGUUUUGAUCUCUGCAAAGAGCAGUGUGACUGGUGUCUCAGGCUGAGGGGCAGGAGUGUCAGCAAAGCAAGAAACAAUAAGGUCAUUUGUUACUCCCAGAGGGAGGGAGAGACUUGAACAUGACUUUUUUUUUUUAUUAUUUCUACGUGUAUAAGGGUGUGAAUAGCACUAUUUGCAGAUAAACGUUACAGUGAAGUGGUGACUGUCAGCCAGGUGAGCCUGUGCUAUGUCUUGAACACUCAGAAAAUGCUCUGAUUAGCAAUGUCUAAUGUAAGAGCUGUGCCAAAUGUGGAGAAAUCAUACUGUCCAAAAGUCAUCUACCCUUUUCCUUAAACUCGUUCAAGCCUGGGGAAAUUCACAAAUAUAAAUUCAAAAUGUUUCAAGCAUUCAUAUUUGUACUAGCAGUACUACAAAAACAGCUAUCUCCAGAUGUGAAUUUGAGGGAGAAAAUGUUUCAGAUGAAAACAAUAUGUAUAUCACUUAUUUUUGAGUCCUGUUGGAUGCCAAAAUCCUGUGUAAAUCUAUUCCUACCCAACUAUUUGUAGCAAAUGAAAACAUCAGGUACAGGAGCAUUACAAGGUUUUCUGCAUUUGUGCAGACAGACCUGUGGAAGCUACUGAGACUGAGGCAGUAUUUCCUGCUGUGACCAUUUUGUGGACCACGUAAGAACUCAGUUAUCUCACAUUCUUCAUUCCUGUAUAGAAGUUAGUCUCCCCUCCUACUAACCUUCUUUUUCUUUUUGCUACAUGCAUUUCAGUCAUUGUAUCUGGCAGAAGCUGAACUCCAAUUCAGAGUAGUUCCUUUUUUCCAGCUUGUAUAUGCAUGGACACAUGUACAUCUGCUCACACCUGCUCUGCCUAUUUUUAAAUGCAAAGUCCUGAGUGCUCUGGAGUAAAAAGUUAUGAGAAUAAAGCGAGGACAACUUGA